GCGCUGUGGACUGGCGGCCUGUCGGGGGCGCGCUGUGGACUGGCGGCCGACUAUCGUGCAUCGUUGACCGGAGACGUGAUGUGUUAGGGCCGGUAGCAGCGCUCGGGGAUUGGCCGCCUCAUGGUGCACUGCAUCUCUAUGGUGUGGCGCAAGGUGCUGAGGAAACGCUGGGUCCUCGCCCUGGUCUUCGGUCUCUCGCUCGUCUAUUUCUUGCGCAGCACUUUGAGACAGGAGGAAAGAACGGUACUCGACCGAAAUUUGUUGCAGCUUCGAGGUCCUGAACGACGAAUUGUAUGGAAAGUGCGUUUUAACUUGGGUAACAGCAGCAGACAGAAUGAGCAAUGUCGAAAUUCUGUCCAGGGUAAACUGCUAAUUACAGAUGAACAAGGUUAUGUAUGUGAAAGGAAGAACUUGCUUGUAAAUGGCUGCUGCAGUAUAAAUGCACCAAGCACAAAACUGCAUGCAUGUGACACCUGCUUGCCUAAUGACUGCUGCAGUGUGUAUGAGUAUUGUGUUUCUUGUUGUCUACAGCCAAAUAAGCAACCUCUAUUGGAACAUUUCCUAAACAGGGCUGCAGAAGCUUUCCAAAAUCUGUUUACAGCAAUUGAGGACCACUUUGAGCUCUGCCUGGCAAAGUGCAGAACAUCUUCUCAGAGCGUUCAGCAUGAAAAUAACUACCGAGAUCCUGCUGCAAAGUAUUGCUAUGGAGAAGAUCUGCCAGAACUACUUCCGCUGUAAUCUAUGUUAAAUGGUAGUUAUAAUUAAGGCAUAUUUUGUUUGGGCAAACUUUCACUGUGGAAGGAAUACAGAUUUUCUUAAAAUAAGAAACUACAAUAACUUUCUUUUCUAUAUCAGUAUUUAAUAUUUAUUUUGUUGUCGCUUUUGAACUGCCUUGAUUGCAGCAAUCAAGACAACCAAAUGCCAAACAGUAUCCAUCCAAAUCUGUAAUUAGUGUUGUGCUGAACAUUGCAGCCUGAGCAGACUACUGCCAGUAAAUAAAGAAUCAUCUGCUACACUAAUUACAGUUUAUUUGCAUAUUUGGAAAUUAAUCUGUGCAAGAUAUGUAAAUAUAUGCAUAUGUUUAUCAAAAUUAAGAUGUACACAACACUUGAUUUAUGAGCAGUUCAGGCGUCUUGCUUGCUUGAUUGUCACUAAGUCUUGCCAAUUUAUGAAGGACACUAGCUUAUUGGAGCCAAGUGAGCUGUGAUAUUUGCAGCAGCAGAGUUGAAAUGUUUUAGUGAUGUAUAGAAUGCAAACUAUGGAGAGUGCUGGCAUUGUUGACAUUAGGAUAUCGCCAAUUGAUAUAAUAAAUAUCAUGUUUAUUGGUAAUAUUGUAUAUUGACAAUAUACCUUCUAUAUUAUCAUGGGGUUCGAGAUUUGUGUUUGGUAGUAUUGGUAGCUUGCAUUGUGGUAAUGAAAGCACAUUGAAUUCUGUCUGAUACUCAAUUUAUUUGAAGUCAAUGUAACAGAAUUUCAGUAGCUGAGUUCUUUGUGUAUGAUUACAACAUAUAGUGUGAGCAACAUGGGAUAAGUUUCUAUUCUGUGAUAUUGUACUUCAUUUUGCACAAACUAAAGAUCAUUUGUAAUCUUUCCAUGUUCCUGAUAAUGUCAGCACUCCCAAGGUGACAACCCAUUAAUCAAUGAAAGACUAAGCAAAAGUCUAGAGGGACAUUUUCUACAAUAUAGAUAAAAACAAAAAAAGGGGGGAAAAACCUGUUCGAGUUUCCUGACAAUCUUUGGAAUAAAGUAAAUCUUUGGAAUUAUAGAUAAAACGUCCUAUGGUUAUAAUAAUCUCAAUUUUUUAAAUCAUGAAUUUUCAUUGAUUGUUUGAGGUUGAAAGGGGUUAUUUUUUUUUAAAUUUGAAAGAGUCUCUAUGCAGAUGAGCUGGUUACAAAGGAUUAGUAAAAAGAAAACGCUAAAAUGAGACAAUUCUAUAUGUUUAUGUCUGAAGUAUGAUGUAGAGAAUAUCAAUCUGAGGGCUAGAACAAAUCAUAUGCUUCUAUUUUAUAUUUCCUAUUUGAGGUUUCUAUUAACUUAAUGUAAUCUAAUUUAAUUAGUGUAUGCGAUUAAAUGGAAAUGUAACUACAAGAUGUAUAACCAUUUUUUUUAUGUCAAUGGAAUAACGUCCAAUUAAAUGACAAUUGUAAGAAUUGA